AUUAAAACUGACUUGGUAUUAUAUUAGUGUACAUAUGUAAUGCCUGGUACCAGCUUUAAGCCGAAGCUAAUGACUGCAUUUACUUAAGCUUAUAUAAUUAUUGAUGAAGCGCCAAGUGUUUUCGGAAGUUGGCACUAACAAGAUCCAACCGAAAUGGGUGGCAGUUGUCGGAUUUUAUAUUGACGCUACGGCGUCAUGUGGCAUUGCAUUGAAGCAUGCAAGUCAUGUUAUGCACUAACAGAAGGCACAUACCCGCAACUAUGGUUUAAACCACACACCAAAGGCGAUAAAAAAGCACGCGUAUGAUUUUCAAGUCUCGCGUAUAGUAACGCCACUAUACAUACAUAUGUAUAUCUGCCAGCGAUUCAUUCAUUCAUAGUUAUUUGCAGGGCAUGCAACAAACGCCAUGUACUGAGAAAUGUUAAGAUAUUUUAGCACUGCUGUUAACUUAUUUCAUUUUCUUGGAAGAGUUGCUUUGCUUUUAUUUGCGGUGUCUGCUGUUCAUUUUACCACUGCUGCUACCACUGCUACUGUUGUAGCUGGUAAUUUUUCCUUCAACACAACAGCAACAUCUGCAUUUCUUCAAAGCCACUCGCUGGCCUGGCUUCGCUUAUUAUAUUUUCACACUUGGCAGCGUUUGGUCGUUUGUUGUGCGCGUUAGCGUUUGCGUCUGCUUUGAUUUGAAAAGCGCGUUAUAAUAACUUUUGCAUUACGUAUUUUGUGCUUAACGUCUUGCGAAUAUUUCACUGCUUAAGACUUCAGUUGCUUCCGUUCGAGCGCCGGUACAUGCAAUUCUCUAACAGCACUCCGCUGUUGUUUCAUUUAUUUAUUUAUUAGGCGUAAAUUUUUGAAGUAAAUAUUGGUUUCUUAUGUACGACGCGCAAAUGUCAGGAAAUUAUUCAAACAAGUGCUCAUAGAGUUUGUGCAAAUAAACUGUUAUCGAUAUGCGACUAUAACUGUGAAACGCUAAUAAUAGAAUUGAAUGGAUUGAUGAAUGAUUGAGAUAAAAUAGUGCACAUUAGCAGACACACUGAUGAAAAUUCUAACAAAAGUUAAUUUAAUAUUGCCAGAACAUAUAUCAAAUGCAUUGUGAAUUUUUACUUUUGACCGUUAAUCCGUAAAACCGCAACAGCUGCUUUACAAGAACAUCUCCAUUUAGCUACAACUGGCAGCCAAGCGCAACGACGUCAGGCGCCUGCUACGUCGUGUCGAAGUGAACGAGCGACGACAACAGAAAAACGAAGCUCUAAAAAAAGCAACGUUAUUUGUUAGUAAGCCGUGUGAGCAACGCAGGAGGGUAACAUAGAUGCAGAAAGAACUAAACUAAUAUUGCUAAUCUCAAAGAAAAUUGACAUUAGCAGCAACGACAACAACCACGCACGAACACGCUCAACUUAGCUGCUGCAACGCACAUAGUAAUCACAAUACCAUAACCCACAAGUUAAACAACAGCAACAGUUGCUGUUGUUGUUCUUGCCGUCAUAUUAUUUGCUUAGCGGUAUUUAAAACGAAGUACUCAUGUUCUUGCAACGUCUGCGCAUGUCACUCAGCGUGUUGCAGCUGCCGCUGGCAUUGUCACUGCUGUUAAUGUGUCACGGUGUCUGGGCAAACAGAACGGCAAACGCGUCGGUUGCUUUAAAAGCUGCCGCAACGCCAACAACUGCGCCAUCAUUGGUUGCACCUUUGGUUUCAUCAUCGGAAGCCACGCUUCUAACCACGCAGCGUCUAUUUCCGACAAGCACGACAACAACAUUCUCAGCAGCGCAUGCUAGACAGGCGCGCGCACGUCAUCGCUACGAUGAUGAAGUAGCGGAUGUGGAGUACGUACAGCCACAUGCGACGACUAACACCGUCAAAGCGUUCGCUGCCUCUAAAAUUGGGCGCAAUGUUGGUAAUCUGCCAAAGAAGCGCUAUAAAGUGCUGGCCGUGCAUACGAAUUGUACGCGUGACCUCUUCACGAUGCGCAUCGAUUUGAAUCGCGACUUCCGUGGCCUUGUCUACGCCAAGGACUUUCCAUUAGAAUGCAGCGCGCGCGGCAACGCACAUCAAAAUGUCACUUUGCGGCUGCCCACAUCCGGUUGCGGUGUGCGCGCUGAGCCGCGCGCAGAUGGCGUUAUGGAGUUGUCUGUGCGCGUGAUGUUGCAGAUGGAGCAAAAGCUGCGCCAAAGCUCAGAUAUAUUGCGUACGGUGCGCUGUAAGCUGCCGCCGACAGCGAUGGGCAUGAUGGUGGGGCCGAUAGCGGGCAUGGUGAACAAAAGGGCUAGAAUAAAAGCGGGGCAAGAGUGGAAAGUGGCAUCGAAUUAUAGAAACGGACGCAUGCGCACACUCAACGCGGCGCAAAAGCAUAAUAACCAUGUAACAGCUGCCACCGAAGCGCUUGAUAAUGAAGACUUCACCGACGCGCCACAAGCGGAAGCGUCUAAUAUUGAAGCGCAAACAUUGAAGGAACAAACGGCUGUUAAUGCAGAACAAGAAGAGCAAAUCGCCGCGACCGCCAAAACUUCUGAAUCAUUAACAAAGCUAGCGAGCGGCAGCGACGAUGUCAGCGUUGGCGCUGGUGAUGGUGUUGCUUCAACUAGCGGGACCAACAGCAACGCCACACCGCGCGUGCGCAUUUGGCUUGAAUUAGGCGGCCUUGACGGCACCGGCGCGGUAGAAGUGGGCCAAGCCACCACGUUAACUGUGCGCGCUAUAGUGCCCGGCAGCAUGGGUGUGCGCGUGGUGGAUUGCGCAGCGCUCGACGGACUGGGUGAGUCGAAGCAGCAGCUGUUGGACGAACGUGGCUGCACAAUAGAUGAGCAGGUCAUGCCACCGUUGAACAAGCACUUCAAACCGUUGGACGAGGGCUGGUCCAAGCAACAGCCGGACGAUUUGAUGGAGAAAACAUUCACGGCCACAUUUCCAGCCUUCAAAUUUCCCGAUCGCGAGCGCUUGCAUGUGAGUUGUGGCGUGCAGCUCUGCAAGGGCAAGUGUCCGAAUGUGAAUUGUCGCAGCUCGGAACCGUUACAACUGAGCGCUGACAAGCACUUAGCACGCAUCGAAGUCUUCAAUUCACUGGCGGUGACGGCACCGCAAAUUGAAGUGGACCGAUUACGCUACGAUCGACGCUAUAACAUGAGCGCUGAAGAAUAUCCACCGCAUAUCCGUCACAUUCACAGCGACGGCACACUGUGUCUCUCCGUCUCCAAGCUGGCUAUCUCCUUCUGCGUGCUGGGACUCAUCUUUCUGCUGGCCGUUAUUGUGGCAAUUUACUCGCUGAUACGCGCACGUCGCCGCACCACAGGCAGCACCUGCGCAUUAACGCCGCCUAGCAGCGGCACCGGUCAUAUGCAACGCGCGGAGCUCUGCACGUCCAUGUUCUCAUCGAGCAGCGAAUCAGCGCAAUCGGCGCGUUUUGGCAGCAAACUACUCAUGCCCUACUAUCCAAAUACAUUACCCUAUGGUCGCGUCUACUAAUCGAGUGCAAAGGUUGGGGUUUUAUCUAAUAUUGCAUGCUUUAGUUGUAGUUUUUGAAAAUUACUGUAUAAGCUUCACAUUUCACUCAUCAUCUUAAGACUGAUUUUUGUAGAUUUUUCUCAACGAGCGCAUUGCAAAAGCAAAAAAUAGCAAUAAUUGUGAAAAUUUAAUUUUUACACAAAACUAAUGCAAUAAUACUCUAAUAGCUACUACUUCACUUAUAGAUAUAAGUUAUCUAUUGCGAAAGAAAUUCGAAAACGUUUUUGAAAAACUUAAGUAUUAGUGUAUGUAGAAAAUGUUUUUUGACUUUUCUUUCUAAAUAGUUGUUUAAGUUGUAUUAGUUGCUUAGCAUCGUAGCGUAGAUAUUGCUAACAUUAAAUUUAAAUUGUCUUCAUUUGAAAAAUAUAAUAACCUAAAUUUUUUGCAAAUUACGUAUCGCGCGAAAUUAACCAUCACAUAUGGUUAAAUAGUAGUUGUUGUUGCUGUUUUAGCGGCAGAAAACAUUGUUGUAGUAAUUUCGGGGAAUGCUGCCGAGUUGAUAAUACUUGGCCGGAAAAAAAUUCGGGUUCGUUCCGAUUACUUAGACUCCACUGUCGUGAGAAUGCUUAAAAAGUAGCAUAAGUGCUUGCUUAGACAAAAAAUUCGGACGGCAGUCGGUUCUCCGUAACAGAAAAGGUCACAGAUUUUGAUUUGGCCAAAGGCUGUCAACUCGGCAGCAUUCUUCCAAACUGCUUGAGGCAUGUUUUCUGCCGCAACAACAUCAUAAGUUAUGUGUUUUAGUGUAAAAGUAUACACAUUAAGCUUAAAUUUUAGUACAUAUUUUGUAUUAAUAAUUAAUUAAGAAAAAAUAUAUAUAAUAUAUCACUUUUACCAUUUUUAAAAACAAUUUUUGUAAAUCAUGCAUAAAAUAUAUAACAUAUGUUAUUGUAACGUCAAAAUUUAUAUAAAAUAUCGGAC